UGCUGUUGGCCUCACAACCCACGCGCCCCUUGUUGACAGAGAAUAUGGUUACACGAUCGAGGCUUGUGCGAGUGCUGCGGGCGCCCAACCGGCGGAUUGGCGCAAUUGGCAGUGCUAGCUUUUUGACUAGCCAUUCAGCUGCUUCAGCUCGAUGCUUUGCGACGUCGGUACCCAGACUGCUGUCUCAAUCACAUGCAGUCCAGCACCUGGCAAAGCUCACCACCGACACCUACCCUGAGAUCAAGAGAGAUGCCAAGUUUGCGGCACUAACGGCAGAGGAUGUUGCUUACUUCAAAGACCUCCUCGGUGGCGAGCAGGCCGUGAUUGAUGGCGUCAAUGCCGCGGCCGAGGACGACCUCAAGCCCUUCAACGAGGAUUGGAUGCACAAGUAUCGAGGCCAGAGCCGGCUCGUCCUCAAGCCGGGAUCGACCGAGGACGUCAGCAAGAUUCUAAAGUACUGCAACGACAAGAAACUGGCCGUCGUGCCGCAGGGCGGUAACACUGGGCUGGUGGGCGGCUCGGUGCCCAUUUUCGACGAAAUCGUCAUCAACAUGAGUCGCAUGAACAAGAUUCACUCCUUUGACGAUGUCAGCGGCUCUCUCGUGUUGGAUGCGGGAUGCAUCUUGGAGGUAGCCGACCAGUACCUCGCCGAAAGAGGAUAUAUCUUUCCCCUCGACCUGGGAGCCAAGGGAUCCUGCCAUGUAGGCGGCAAUGUUGCCACCAACGCAGGCGGUCUGCGAUUGCUGCGUUACGGAAGUUUGCACGGAACUGUUUUGGGCAUGGAAGCUGUGCUGCCGGACGGCACCAUCAUGAAUGACAUGUGCGCUCUGCGCAAAAACAACACGGGCUACGACUUGAAGCAGCUGUUCAUUGGCGGUGAGGGAACCAUUGGAAUCAUCACCAAGCUGGUCAUCCAGUGCCCGCAGCGCUCGGCUGCUGUCAAUGUGGCCUUUUUUGGCGUGGAUUCCUUCAAGAAGGCGCAGCUCGCCUUCCGCGAAGCCAAGAAGCAGCUGGGAGAAAUCCUCUCGGCCUUUGAGCUGAUGGAUUCUCGCAGCCAGCAGAUUGUACACGAGAUCAAAGGAGAGGAGCGACCGCUGGAGGGCGAUCACCCAUUCUACUGUCUGAUUGAGACCAGCGGCUCCAAUGGCGACCACGACAAUGAGAAGCUGGAAAAGUUCCUCGAAGACGUCUUGACCAAGGAAAUCGUGACGGAUGGCGUCGUCGCGCAAGGUGAGUCGCAGGCCAAGGCGCUGUGGAGCUGGCGCGAGAGCAUCACCGAGUGCAUUGGACAUGGCGGUGGCGUCUACAAGUACGAUGUCUCGAUCCCGCUGGCAGAGAUGUACUCGCUCGUCGAGGAUGUAAGGGAGCGCAUGGGGGAGGCUGGUCUGAUCGGCGAUGCCGAGGAACACCCGGUGAGCGCAGUGGUGGGCUACGGUCAUAUGGGCGACUCUAACCUGCAUCUGAAUGUGGCUGUAAGACGGUAUGACGCCAAGGUCGAGGAGGCUCUGGAGCCUUUUGUGUACGAAUGGAUUGCAAAGCGGAAUGGCAGCAUCAGCGCCGAGCAUGGGUUGGGAUUGGCCAAGAAGAACUUUGUCAACUACAGCCGCAACGACACGGUGAUUGGCCUGAUGAAGCAGAUUAAGAAGCUGUAUGACCCGGUAAGCUCCCUUGUUCUGAAGCACCCGCUUCUGGCGAGGCUGCUGGGCUCCCGGAACGGUUCCUUGGGGAUUUGGCGACCGGGGGAACCAAGCGCUGCCCUUCCCCACACAGGCCAAACCGCACACCACAUACACACACACACACGUACACACACGUACACACACGUACACACACGCACACACACAUACAAAGACCCCGAGGCCCAAAGACAGGCCGGGAUAUACACGCAUACAUACGCAUACACACACACAAACGCGCCGAGCGCAAAGAUCGACAAAAUGGUUGGUGUUCCGGGCAAGUAUAAGGGGUGUGAGACUUGCCGUAGGCGAAGAGUAAAGUGCAGCAAUGAGCGGCCAUUCUGCCAGAACUGCAUCAGCAGCGGCAGAACCUGCGAAGGAUACGAAAGAGAGCGAGUCUUCAUCACCGGCACACCUGAAAACAAGGGCCGUGUGGCUUCGCACCCCAAGAAGACCACGCCAUCCAGGAAGCCAAAGGCAAGCCCUAGCCCGAGUGUCAAGGCAGACGAGCUGGAGAGUGGCAGCAGCAGCAUCAUGAGCAGCCCGCAGCUCUUCCAGCCUCUGGGACCGCUAACCUCAGCAUGGGACGAUUACAUCCGCUUGUCCUCUGGCGGCCCAGGAGCAACCGAGUUUCCCGCCCUGAUUACCGCGCUUCAGACGAGUUUGCAAAUUGUCGCGAGACACGAAGUUCCAGCCGGCGGCGAGAGCGGCGGCGAUGGAUCCGUUGCGGCAUCUUUGAGUGCUUUGCAGUUCCCCCCGUAUGCAGCGGCAGAGCUGCUAUUGGUGGCGGACGAUGCUUUCGGUAUGAAUGCACAAUGCUUUGUGCGCCAAAAGGCCACUAACGCUGAGCAUGACUCAACAGAAAGUUAUUGCGCGUUUCUUUUCGAGCACGAUACAUCGGGUGCGGCAUGGAGACUCACUGCAGAGCAUAUGACUCGGCUUGGGCCGCACUAUUUCGCCUCUUUUCCAAAUCAUCAUUUCUUCGUGAGGGUAUACCGCCCUGUGGCUGUAGAAUGGACGACGAUACCAUGGGAGCAGCACCCAAAGUCCCCUCUCGACGAGCUGUUUGACAUUGUGCUUCAGCUUCCCGCCCUCCUCGAACAAAUGGAUCGAAUCGUCCAUCUACAAGCGACCCUUGCUCGCCGCACGCAAGCACAAGAGCUUCUUCACCAUUGCCUGAUUAUAGAAGCACAGUUUCGACAAUGGUUGCAAGGCGCUUACAGGGGAGCAGACGAGCAUUCCUUCCCAUACUGGGCCGAGGAGUUGAGGAGCCCUGGUGGCGCCAUUCCUUUUGCCAACGCAUAUGCUUUCAAGGACGGACUCACCGGUUUGAUGUUUGUCUAUUAUUGGAUGGCCAUGAUUCCAUUCCAUCAAUGCAUUGAAACGAUUCACAUGGCUAUUUUCGAGCCUGUUGUCGAUGCGUACCCUCAGGUGUGGCCGGAACUGCCAUCCAGCCUGCAGAUUGACCCAACCCACUACCAGGACGGGCGGGAGCUGGCGGCUAAUAUCUGUCGAGGGCUUGAUUCGGCUCUUGAAUCUACUGUACAGCCUGAUAUGCUGCUGGGCCCGAUGACGGUUGCCAUGAACUUUUACCGGGAUAUCAAUGUUACAUCACAGGAUGGUGUGCUUGAGAUUCUCUGGCUGGACGGCUUUAAGAAGCGGUUGUGGGCGAAAGCACAAGCUGUGACGAGCGUCUUGCAGGCCCAUACGUGGUCUGAAGUGGCUAAAUUCUAAUGAAUAAUAUACUUCGGAAUAUGUCAAAAACGAUGAACGUUAAGAAGACGUACGAAAUACCGACAAUCGAACCAAGACGAAAGCGAAGACAAACGAUGGAAUCGCGACGAAGACGACGAACGAAUGAUGGUAUUUCAGUGUAGAAUAGGUAUCUUGUAUAGCGACAUUUGAAACUUUGUUUUUUUUUGUGUUUUCAAGAGGAAGAGAGCGGGAAAAAAGAUAGAUAGAUGGGAUCCAUAUAUAGAAGGUUUUUGCAAGGGAGAGACUGAGACAGCUGGACUGCCGUGGAACAAAGGGACACAAAGAGCGGAAAGCUUCUUUUAUAAAACCAAGCGGGACAUUGGCUUCUUUCUGAGGGAGAGGAUUUUUUUUUCUUAUGGGAAAGCGGAAAUUGUGUCAUUUUCUAUAGCUUUUGAAUAACUACUACUCCUAUUUUCUUAUCAAUCAGCUUCUAUUUUGGGAGGUUAUGCUACAUAUGCUUGUGUCUUGGUAAUACGGCCUGUUUUUGUCUAAGUCAUGCAUGGCUAAUAAUAGCACUGCAGUUUGAGACAUACAGGGUGAAAACACGCGUAUUUUUUUUUUUUCUCUUCUAGAGAUUACGCUAACGUCUGUAUUGAGGCAAUCUGACUUUAGCUUUAACUUGAUUUGUCUUGUUGCAUUUUGUGAUCUGAGAAGUAGAUCUUUUGCAUGACAACUUGGGGUAUAACUCAGCAAAUGGAUCGAAGUUUCAUGAUUACUACUAUUUGUUUUUUUUUUUUUUUGUUUGCUACUUGCUGAUUUGGGUAUUUGUUUUGUGUGCGCAUUUGCACCUUUUCUUGUUUUGGUAAUUUGUAUGCGGAACCUUUUUUUGGGAUACUGGGAUUCAAUAGUUUGGGUAGCGCGAGAUCAGAUUAGAUUAGAUCGUUGGGAGAACCACUUUGGAGGAAUGUUUGGGAUGCAUGUAUGCGUAGUUGAUGGUGUCUUUCAGUAUAUGGGGGAUACGGAAUACUGAUUAAUGCUUUUUUCAACGUUUAGGACGUAUCAUAAGAAAAUAAUGUUGUGGAGGAAGAGUAUUGAUUUGCAUAAUUUUCGGAAAUUGGAAUCUUCGCAACUAGAAUCCUAUUAUACACGCACCUUGAGUGGCUUCCUCUAAGAAAUAAUCUGGUUUCGCAUUAACUCAACCUUUUAACUUUUUUUUCUUCUCUCUAGCCAUACCUGUGCUGUUAACAUUCCAUUCGCUAUUAUUGUAAGGCUGUUUCAGUUUAGCGCUGUGGGAGGCCUACAACAUCAUGUGUCUUUCAGCAGCCUUGAGGUGUGUAGGCUAACGCUGCUAUCCGAUGGGAACUUGUCCAAUGAAACAUGCAUGAGCUUCUUAUCAGCGAAAUCUGCAGGGCGUGGCAUUUGGCAGUCUUUUGUCCAAGUUACGUCAAUUGUUGACCGCCUAGGGAAGAGGGUUUGCAUGGUCGAGAUUGGAGAGGUAUAAGAGUUGAGCUGUUUCGCAAACAACGAGCAAUCAGAUCCUUUCGCUGCACAUCACCCAAUUUCCGAGCACAACUUGUACGAGGAAUCAACUACCAUCAUGGAUUCCUUACACGGCAUUUUAAGCUGCCUUUGUGGUUUAUCCGAGCCUGCAUCGGAUUUCUUGCCUGGCGAGAAACAUUCCACCUCGAUGCCUUCAUCUCUCCAAUACGACCCGUCCCUCUGCACUUAUGACAAGGUUGCGGUCGACCUUGUUUCAAUCCUGCUUCGUUCGGAAAAGCAUGGUACAAAUCUUAAGAAGCAACUCGAUGAGACGGUUGGGACCCUUGGCUGGUCCGAGAUGCUUGCGAAACGCAUCUUGAAUGCUUUGGUAGCAGCAAUCAGAGAGGGUCGCGACAAGAUGGGCCCAGCCUUUGCUAAGGCUUAUGAAGAUGCCGCUAAA